AGGAUCCGAUUACUCGGAAGUUCCGUUCGUCUUCCAUAAACCCUAUUAAGGCAAUUCGAUUGGGAUAUCUGAAAAGUUUCGGCUACGGCGGCAAAAGGAAAAUUCAAUGCUUGACAAAAAACUACUAUCCCUAGAAGAUGACGAUAACUUAAGGUCAUCGCGUUCUAAUACCAAGUCCAAACCCAGGUCCUCUGCUGCUACCACAACCAAUCCUAGAGCGUCAAAGAGAGCUCGACUUUCGGGUGCGAGUCUUGUAGAUAAGAUUAGAUUGUCUUUCGAAGAUUUUGAUGAAGCUUUAAGCGGCUUCAAGGUCUCUUCUGGUUAUGAAAGGAGCAAGAAUACCGAUUUAUGGGUUGAUAAAUACAGGCCUCGCACCUUGGAAGAGCUUGCUGUUCACAAGAAGAAGGUUGAACAAGUCAAAUUGUGGUUCGAGGAAAGUUUGGAUUUCUCAAAGGAUGGUUUAAGGAAUAAUGUUCUACUAGUCACAGGACAAGCUGGAGUCGGAAAAUCUGCUACCAUCCAUUUGAUUGCGUCUAUCCUUGGAGUCACAGUGUACGAGUGGAACGCUCCUAUUCCUACUAUCUGGCAAGAACAUGUGCACAACUCUAGUUCAGGACUGAAAUACACAUCGAAGCUGGAUGAGUUUGAAAACUUUGUCGAGAGUACUAGGAAAUACGGAGUGAUGGCUUCAUCAAGUACUGAGGGAAUAAAGGCGCCCGUUAUUCUUUUGAUUGAUGACCUUCCUCUAGCCAAUGGGAGGCAUGCUUGUGAAAGGCUGCAAAACUGCUUACUUCUAUUGGUGAGAUCAACGCAGAUUCCAACAGUGAUAUUAAUCACUGACUACGAUAAAGCGGACUCUUCUGACCAGACUGCGCGAAGCAUGGAGGACGCACAGUCAUCUCUUGAGCGAGCAGGAGCUUUAAAGGUCGCUUUCAAUCCUAUCACGAAGAACUCAAUUAAAAAGGCACUUCAGAGAAUAUGCAGGGAAGAGCAUUGUAAGGUAACGACUAUGGAGAUUGAUCAGAUGGCGAGUGCCAGUGGAGGAGACAUCAGACAUGCUAUUACAUCUUUGCAACUCUUCUCCGUUAAGCCAGACCUAAAUCAUACUAAGAUAAAAUCACCACGGCCUGGCAUGGAUGACAGUUAUCAUGGAAACGAGCAGACAAUGUACAGUGGUUUGGAUAGUGGAAUAUCUUCCUGUUUUGGUAGAGAUGAGACCCUUUCGUUGUUUCACGCUCUGGGCAAGUUUCUCCACAACAAAAGAGAGACUGAUAAUGUCAUUGUAUCAGAUUGCAGCAACUCUCUUGUUCAUGACGAAUUUGCGAGGUUGCCACUGAAAAUGGAUGCGCCGGAGAAGGUUCUCAGCCAAGCUCAUGGACAGGCAGGGCGGGUUGUGGAUUUUCUGCAUGAAAAUGUGCUAGAUUUUGUGAGUGAGGGAGCCAUAGAAGAUGCCUGGUGUGUUUCUUCGUAUUUGGCGGAUGCUGAUCUCCUUCUCGCUGAUUUAAGAGGAAAGAUGAGUGGGCAUAACAAAACAGAGGAUGUUCCACAGUCAGCCGGUGCCUCGGUUGCUGUCCGUGGUGUGUUGUAUGGAAACAAGCAGCCAUGUUCAUCCAGAUGGCACGUGAUUCGGAAGCCAAAACUCUGGCAAGUGGAGCAAUCCUCAAUGCAAACAAAGAAGAAUCUGAGAGAGCAGAGGAACAUAAGCUAUGAGGGGUCAAGGGUGGCAGAUAUAUCAGUGAUGGCCACAGAGUAUAGCCCCGUGCUGAAAUGGCUUAGCUACAGGGCAUCUCCAGAUGCGUUUGCAGGAAUGGGCGAAGAGACGGAUGAGGAGGAGAGUGAAAUUUCUGAAGACGAUGAAAUACAAGAUUGGUGACAUGAACCAUCUUUAGUCUCUUACAUGUUAGGUCAGAUGAACUGGUAUGAUUGUUAACAUCAAGGGAAGGAAAACUAAUUGUUCUGGUUACUUGUAAAUAGGAAAGUGACAGUCUUAGUUGGCUGGUCGAGUUGGUUUAGAAGAAACUGAAGGAGAGAUUUUACUUUGACUUUUCUUUGAAGAUAUGAAGCAGAUAAAUAUCUUUUUUUCACCA